CAAGCAUAGAUUAAUUUUAUUAUUUAAAUUGUUUAUUUCUUAAAUUUUAUCAAAACGGGGGCUGAACAGUCAAUCAUGUCCGUCUCUCAGAUGGAAAGAAAUUUAUUUAAUCUCAAAUUUGCUGUGAAAGAAUUAGAAAGAAAUUCAAAGAAAUGCGAGAAAGAAGAAAAGGUAGAGAAAGCAAAAAUAAAAAAAGCUAUUCAAAAAAGCAACAUGGAAGGUGCUCGUAUUCAUGCGGAAAAUGCAAUUCGUCAACGUAAUCAAGCACUAAAUUAUUUGCGAAUGAGUGCAAGAGUUGAUGCAGUAGCUAGCAGAGUACAAACUGCUUUAACUACACGUAAAGUUACUCAGUCAAUGGCUGGAGUAGUUAAAGCUAUGGAUGCAGCAAUGAAAUCAAUGAAUUUAGAAAAAAUUUCAGGUCUAAUGGAUAAGUUCGAAAGUCAAUUUGAAGAUUUGGAUGUACAAAGUUCUUACAUGGAAAAUGCUAUGUCUCAAACUACAACAACUAAUGUACCACAAAAUGAUGUUGAUAGUUUAUUAAAACAAGUUGCAGAUGAAGCUGGCUUGGAAUUGAAUAUGGAAUUGCCACCUGGACAAUUCAGCAGUAUAGGUACCACUACUGUCAGCCAAGAACAAGAUGAACUUACACAACGGUUAGCAAGACUUCGUGAAUAGUAAUACAGAUAUAAAAACUAGUUAGAAAACAGGGACAUCAUGAAAAGGUUAUAUGCUUAUCUGCUAUAAUUUGCAGUUAACUUUUAAUUUUUUGACUGUUAUAGAUGCCUAUAAGCGAUCACUGAAAAUACUUACUAUGUAUUAUUGGUGCCUACAAACACUUGAUAAUCUCUUAUGCAAUAUUAUUGAAAAGUUUAGUCCAUUGUCUUUUUCUUUUGAUACUAACAAAUUUGAAGUUAAUUACAAUGCAAUAUACUAUUUAUUAUGCAAGAAAGUGAUUUUUCUAGUUUCACAUGAUUCAUGAAUAACAACCUAUUUCCACAACUGCUUAGUACUCUGUGACUAUUAUUACUGCAACUCAGCUGUGCACAAU